AAUAGCUAUAUUUCACUGACUCCUAACAGCCAACUCACAAAAUUCAUAUCGUAGAUAGAGUAGAGUGUGGCUGCAUUUUUGUAAAAAGAAACAGCUUUCAUCUCUCUUAGGUCAGGCGCUAUUGACAUUUUACGGAAAAGAAAGGAAUUGCUUAUAUCUCAUGAACCAUCCAGUAAAAGAGGUGCAAAGUUGGUGGGUGAUCAGCAUUUGGAAAGAGCUAUGAUCACACAAAAUUAGAAGUACUUAGCUAUCAUGGCUCUUGAGUUACAGAGGUGUCGCUACUAUUGUGCGAUUAUUUUUUGAAAAAAUAAUCCCGUCCUCAAAGGGUUAAUUAAAUUUUGAAUCCCUAAUAUAGCUGGGAGAAAAAUUUCUAUGAUCUAUGUCGACAUUAUGUCGUUCGCAGUAAUGUCGCGGUAGUGUUGUUGUAUCGUAUCCGGCAUACCAAGAUCCGCUGUUUCCCCCAUGGACCAUAUACACUUUUAUACUUAUUUCCUCCGCGCUGUACAAAACCUAGGUCAUGUUUCUUUCGUCUCUGAAAUAAGAUUCAGAGUUAGAUGAGAAUUGGCUCGUUUCUAACUUUUGCUCUCAAUUUCAAUGCCAUGUGAAGCAUCAUUCUCGGUUCAACGAAUAGAAAGAGGCCGUCUCUUGAUUUGAGUCUAAUCUACCAUCAUUUUCCAAAUACGAGCCAUUUUCCGGUAACUUUCUUCUACUUAAUUACGCCUCCUAAAGUGGUUUUGGUAAUUGAAUAUGAAAAUUUGAUUCGACCAUAUCUAACCGAACAUUUUGUCUUAAAAAGGAAACAAAGUCGGUAUAGUAGUCACUGCCCGAAUCACACAUGCUUCACCGGCCGCUGCUUAUGCUCAUUCACCAGAACGGUUGUGGGAAGGUUAUGAUUCUGUUAAUUUUGGUGCGAACGAAGCUGCACAAGGCUGCACGGACAUCGCUCGUCAGCUUGUUUCUCGAUCACCCCCGAUCGAUCUUCUUCUCGGCGGUGGUCGGAAAUUCUUCUAUCCAAAAACAAAAGCAGAUGACGAAAAUCCUUCAUUGAAUGGAGUACGCACAGAUAAUAUUUCUCUGAUUGAUGACCUUUGGAAAGGUCGCUAUAUAUGGAACAAGACAGAGCUUAAGAAGAUCGUAUUAGGGUCACCAGAACCGUUACUUGGCCUCUUCAGUUACGAUCAUAUGCGUUUCGAAACUGAUCGAAUUCGGAAUCCGAAAGAAGAACCUAGCUUAUCAGAAAUGACCUCAUUCGCAGUCGAACAUCUGCUCAUGAAAACUCAAGACAAAUACGGCUUUUUUCUGUUUGUCGAGGGAAGCCGAAUUGAUCAUGGGCAUCAUUAUACUAAGGCGAGAUAUGCUCUUGAUGAGUAUGUUGAAUUCGAUAAUACUAUUGGAGAGGUCAAGCGUAUUCUUAAAGACAAAGGCGUUCUCGAUGAUACGCUACUCGUCGUUACUGCUGAUCAUUCGCACAUGUUUUCUUUUGGUGCCGGUUCUGCACGUGGUUCAAAUAUUUUCGGAUUCGCUACCUUGGAAAAUGCUAACGUUAGCGAUAUUGAUAAGAUGCCAGUAAAUAUUAUAGCCUAUGGUAAUGGUCCCAAUUUUCCAGCUACUCGAAAUAGGACCUAUCUCGAUUCAAUCGAUUUCAAUUCGACCGAAUACCGUCAGCCAGCAGCUUUGCCAUUGAUAGAAGAAACGCACGGUGGAGAAGAUGUGGCUGUGUUCGCUCACGGACCAUGGAGUCAUUUGUUCACUGGAACAAUGGAACAACAUACCAUUGCGCACAAAAUGGCUUACGCCGCUUGCUGGGAUGAUGAAAUUAAAACAGAAAUAAUUAAGGGAAAUGGUAUACAUGUGCUAAUUGUAUGUGCAUUUCAACUUCAAUUUCAUGUUGAAACAGUGCAACAAUCAUCGUUAGAAAUACUUCAAGCUGUCAGUUUUGAAACUGAAGCUGCUAGUAUAAUCAAAGAGCAGGAGAAAUUUAUUCAACUGUUGAACGAUAUUGUAUUAGCAAAUGUUUUCCCUCAGCGCAUUCCAGCUGAUGGUAUCCUGUUUAACUUAGCUGAGCACCAGGCGACAAUGAUAAAAGAUCAAACUAAAGCUUCUUGGGUUCAUAAACGCAUGCUGGUAGGAUCCGUUGCUACCUCAUUUGAAUACGAUAUAAUGAUUAGUUAGUUACUGUCAUAAAAAUCGUGAACUAUGUCACAAAAUUUGUGAAUGUUUGAAUGUUGAAACCUGUUACAAGGUGUGGAUUGAUAAAGAAAGAAUGUAUGGAUCUUUAAUGGCACGAAUGGCGGAGGGCGUCGAAAAAUCUGAAAUUGUUCUUCUUUGUAUGUCAUCCUCAUACAAAGAGAGUGACAACUGUAAAUCUGAAGCGAUCUAUCAAGAAUUUCGAUCGUAUAGGAUCGGCAAGAUAUGCGUUUAUUUCAUCGGAACUACUAUCCAUUUCAAAAUAGAAAAAGGAUGGUCAUUUUCUCAAUAACUUUUUCUAGGAACCAGCUAAAAAGUUGCGGUUUUCGCUGUUCAAAAGAAAAAUGUUGGGGCUACAAGAAAAACUAAAAAGUUUUGUCCCAAAAUUACCUGCAGGUGGUGUACCUUGCGAAGAUAUUUUGCGA